CAGCAUCACAGGAGGAAUCUCUUGCAUCCUGUGGCUCUGCCUGUUCUGGUACUUUAUCUCUCUGUGCCUCCAUUCUGCUCAGUGACAGCUGGGUGCUAAAUACUAAGCAUGGCUCAAUGGAAUGGAACCAGGAGAAUUCCUACUUUCACCUUGCUUCUUGCUGUUGUGAUGCUGGCUCUCCUGGAAUUAUCUGCUGCAGCAACAGAAACAAAAUUCCCAACCAGAUCGUUCAGAUAUCGAUCCCGAUUUGCCACGCGACCUUCUGAGCAACGCUCUAGCGCUGCCCAAGUUGCAUCACUGAGAAGUCCACGCAGGUUUAGAGGUUAUCCUUCCAGUGUUGGUGAAAGCAGCAGAAGAGUUAACUAUGCUCCGCUGAAACAAACUGUUCAAAGCCAAGAAAAUAAACAAAGAGCAUCUGAAUCUGUCCAUGUGGUGUCGGUCCAAUCAAAGAAUUCUCAAGGGAAGAGCCAACCUGUGUACCGGGCAGCUGUUACAAAGCUCAAAAUUCCAGAGGAUGAUCCUCUCAUGGAAACAAAGGAUCUUAGUGUUAGAGUGAUUUCUUCUCAAUCUGUCCUUGUCACUUGGGUGGAUCCUAUGUAUGAAAAGAUGCCAAAGAGUGGUGCCAACAGACUUUAUACUAUUCGCUAUAGAGAAAAGGGAGAGUCAGCACGAUGGGAUUACAAGAAAGUAAACAUCAGGCGUGCUAUGAUAGAUGAUUUAAUUCCUGAUGCCAUGUAUGAAUUUUCUGUUCGCAUUUCCCAAGGCGACAAGGAGGGCACGUGGAGCUCUUCCGUUUUUCAAAGAACUCCAGAAUCUGCUCCAACAAGUGCGCCUGAUGGCUUAUAUGUGGAACCACUGAAUGGAAAAAAGACUGCUGUGAGAGUUAUGUGGGAUGAACUUUCUGAUUCUAAUGGUCGGAUAAAAGAAUAUAUCAUCUCCUAUGCACCUGCAAUUAAACCAUUUGGUGCUAAAUCGAUGUCAUACUCAGGAACUACUACAUCUGCCAUUAUUGAUGGUCUUCAGCCUGGUGAGCGUUACAUCUUUAAAAUUCGAGCAGCAAACAGACGGGGGCAAGGCCCGCAGUCUAAAGCAUUCACAGUCACCAUGCCAGCAAGUAGCACUGCAGGCAAGAAUUUGUAUCAUCAGCCCCAAACAGAUGAUCUUCAGAAAGAAGAAGAAGAGGAAAAACUAGAAGAAGAAGAGGAAGAACUAGAAGAAGAAGAGGAAGAACUAGAAGAAGAAGAGGAAGAACUAGAAGAAGAAGAGGAGGAAGAAAAGCAGGAACAAGAAGUGGAAUCGAAAAUAUCAGCUUCCAAAUCUUCACUGGGAAAUACUAAAGUGAAACUGGCAAGUACCACUAAAAGUCCUAAAAAGAAAGUCAGUUAUUUAGCAAAAUCAAGUGAAAUGCUUGAGGAUACUGACACUACAACAGCAGCUCCUAAAACUUUAGCCCCACCUCAAAGAAGGCGCAUUCGUCCUAUUCAUUCAAGAACAAAAGUGAAUGGCCAGAAAUCACCCUCUGCUGUUCCUCUUGAUAAAGACAAUGAAACAAAAACUCUAGAACUGGAGGAUUCUGACAAACAUUCUACAUCAGAAAGAACUCUACCAUCUUCUAAUAUAGAUGAAAAAAGGAAUGGAAGAAGAGAACACACAACUGAUGACUAUGUUUCAUCAAGGGAUGUUUCAUCUAAGUUUUCACAUGUAGAUACCACUUCAACAGAGUCAGAAAGUAGAAGUAACACACAGAAAGUUGACAAUGAAUCUGAUUUAGAAGUGAGCAAAUCCUUGCCAGCUUCACCCAUAUCUGAUCCUGUAAACAAAGGGUCUUCUUCCACAAACCAAAGGAAUCCUUUUAGCAGAGUAUCUACUGGGCAAGGGAAUGCUCGCUUGUCUUCAACUCCUACAGGAUCACACCAGCCAGUAAAAAUGAAACCACAAUCUAAAGUAACACCACUUCGUAAAAUAAAUCCUGAUUCUAAAAAGCAAUCACAUUCAGCACUACUUUUAAACCCAGCUAAGGAAUCAAUUUCUUCAGUCAAUCAUAAUUCUAGAAGUACUGAUCUUGAGACUGAUGAAGAGAAACAGUCACAGAAUGAGAGGAAAGUAAUUUCUGAUGUAUAUGAUAAAGGCCAUCCACUUUCCAGUGGACAUAUUUUUCCAUCUGCUCCUUCUGAUGCAGAAAAAUCUAUUCAAGAUAAAAAAAAUGUUGACAAAAAAGUAAAGCAUCAUGAUUAUACAAAUGUAAAAGACAAAACACAAACCGAUGGCGAUAAGAAAGCUAAAAAGCAUAUUUUGCCUGUUCAUAAGUCAACAAAGUCAACAGUCACCACUACAUUAAGAACUGAACUUCCAACUACCCCUUUGACGACAACUACUGAAUCUUCAUUGACCACUGCUGCUUACAAAUCAAAUAGAAACGGAUAUAAUGAAUAUGAAACGAAAGCAAAAGACACAGAUGUUAAAAUAUCCUCUCCUAACCAGAAAGCUCCUGUCCACUCAUUACCAGGAAAGUCUGCUUUAUCACUAUUAGAAUAUUAUAGGAGAAGAAGUUAUGAGGUAAAAAAUAAUGUUGGCAAAAAAAUACAAUUUAAAAGCAAUUUAAAGACACCCCAAACUGUAAAUGUUCAUACUACUACUGCAUUAAUUACAACUACAUUGACCACUUUACCUCCUGACCACUUUGAAUACAAGAAUCAGGAUAAAUCAAUAGAGAUUAAUACUAACAAUGGCAAUUCUCACUUGAGAAAACCUCCAGCGCCAUCUAAACCUCUUUCCAAAGACAAAACUAGUGAUAAUUUACAAGACAAAUCUAUGUCAAGCUCUACUAUUACUAGCAUAUCGAAGAAGCUUGAGGAAAAGGCCUCUUCGUCACUAUUGGUCAAGGCAAAGCCAAAAGAUGUUUAUGAUCUGCCCAUUACAAGAGAGGAUAUCAAUACUAAAGUUGAGCCAUCUAGAACAGUUAUUAAAUCUAGAACCUUAGUUAAAACUAGCAACCGUGAUUCAAAAAAAGCAACAGAUAUUCAAGUUGAAAAACAAACUGUUCCUGGAGAGGAUGUUUUUAAGCCUAAUCUCAAAUCCCCAACAGUUACGCAGAAUCUGCAUUCAUCAGAUACAUCCCAUCUAGACACAGUGAAAUCAAGCCAUGGCAACUCUGAGAUUAAAAAAGUAGAGGAUGCAAAGGAAACAAAACUUACCAAACAUUCCUCUAACCCUUCAUCAUUAUCUAAGGUAGCCUCUACAAUGCCUCAACAGGCAACCAGUGCUCCAAAUAAGAAUACUGAAAGGGAAUAUCAAAUGGGUAAUAAACCCUCAGGGGCAUCUACUUCGUAUUUGCAGAGUAACAGAAAUAUUGGUUAUAGAAGAACACCCAUCAACAAAUCAUCUAUUUCCCCUUCAGAAAUUGAAAAGUACCUGAAAUAUGGUUUGUCAAAAUCAAAACUGUCAACUGAAGAUGGUCAUAAAGCGCCAGUAACACCCCAGGAAUUAGAAAGAGAACAUGAUCCAACACCAUCUUCAAGGACAAGGCAUUCACCCCACUCUACUUCUGGUGGACUUAAGCAUAGAAACAUUAAUGGGAAUGCUCAAGAACGAUCUGAAAAAUUAGAAGAUGAAGAAGGACUAAGUGCCCCUCAGACUGUAAGAGAAAGGACACCAAAAAAACCUACUUCUGAUACAAAUUAUAAGAAUGCAGUUUUGAAUAGAAAAUCAAACAAAGCAACAACAACAGCUCGUCCUACUACAAAUUACCCACAAACAACUACCAGAGUCUCUCACUACAGAUUACUUCCGUCAGUUGCCAGGAAGCUAAAUAUUGGUAGAUCAUCUAUAUCAACAACUACACCUUUACCCACUACCUCUAUUAUACGCACUGCUUCUCCUACCUAUUCUUCACGUCCCAGGAUAAUACAUUCAAGAUUUGGAUUUCCAGGAAGAAGGCCAUUUGGGAGACCUUCUCAAGGACAAGGAGCUAGUGGAAGACAAAUACCAACGCGAUUUAAUGGAAAUGGGAAUGUACCAUCUGCAAGAAACGGGAAACUCAAUGGACAGAGGAUAAUCUAUGGCCCACAAGGAACAAAGUGGGUUGUAGAUCUGAAUCGUGGGUUAGUUCUUAAUCCAGAAGGAAGAUACUUACAGGAUUCCACUGGGAAGCCACUACGCAUAAAGUUGGGAGGCGACGGACGGACCGUUAUUGACAUGCAAGGAACACCAGUUGUGAGCCCAGAUGGGUUACCUUUGUUUGGACAUGGAAGGUUUAGUAAACCUGUGGCAAGCCCACAAGAUAAGCCAGUCUUGAGCUUAGGUGGCAGACCACUGAGAGGUCUUGAAGUAGCAAGAACCACCAAAAUUCCUACCACACGAAUGACAACAACUAUCCCAACCACCAGACCCACUACAACCACCCCGGUUCCAACUACCACUACUACCACCACACCUGAACCAACAACUCCUGAACCAACAACUCCUGAACCAACAACUCUUGAACCAACAACAGAAGAGCCUCCACUUCCCACCUGUCCUCCAGGCUCUUACACUCAGUAUGAUGAAGAAGGAAACCUUAUAAUGGGACCUGAUGACAAGCCUGAUUGUUAUGAAGAAGACAGCUUCUCUGGUGAAGGUUUGAUCGCUACCACUAAGACUCCAUAUCUGGACCUUGAUCAAGACUAUGAACUAUUUCAGACAACAGUGCCUCCAAUGCAAGUAACAGAAUUUCCUAUUCUUACCGAGGAACCGGAAAUUAAAUCGUUAAGUACCAAUCUGGUAUCGGAAUUUGAUGUAGCAGGAAAGAAACGAUUUACUGCUCCUUAUGUCUCGUACAUAAGCAAAGACCCAAACACUCCCUGCUCUUUGACGGAUGCAUUAGAACACUUUCAAGUGGAAAACCUUGCGGACAUAAUACCAAAGGAUAUGAAAGAUGAAAUUUUACCUCCGCAGAAAAUAGCCUACAAUAUCACUGUUGUAGCAGUAGAAGGAUGCCAUUCUUUUGUUAUCUUGGACUGGGCCAAACCCAAGAAAGGAGAUUUAAUUACAGGAUAUUUGGUCUACAGUGCCUCAUAUGACGACUUCCUAAGCAAUAAGUGGUCAACUCGGACUGCUGCAGCAACCAAUUUUCCAAUUGAAAACCUGAAACCAAACACAAGAUAUUAUUUCAAAAUUCAAGCCAAAAAUCCUCAUGGGUUUGGACCUAUGAGCUCCCAUGUCUCAUUCGUUACAGAAUCAGAUAACCCUCUGCUUAUUGUGAGACCUCCAGGUGGUGAGCCUAUAUGGAUCCCCUUUGCAUUCAAACACGACUCAAGUUUUUCAGGUUGCAGUGGCAAACAAUACGUCAAGCGUACCUGGUACAGGAAAUUUGUGGGUGUUGUACUCUGUAACUCUUUGCGGUAUAAGAUUUACCUCAGUGAAAAUCUAAGGGACACAUUUUACAGCAUAGGAGACAGCUGGGGAAGAGGCGAGGAUCAUUGUCAGUUUGUGGAUUCUUAUAUGGAUGGAAGGACAGGACCGCUUGCUGAUGUAGAUAUAAUGCCCAUGGUUGAUGGUUAUUAUCGUCAGUAUAUCCAAGAGCCGGUGAUGUUUGGUCGGAUUGGUUUUGGGACUCCCCAUAACUAUGUUGGAUGGUAUGAAUGUGGAGCACCCAUUCCAGGGAAAUGGUAACCCUACGAUGGUAUUCUCCCAAGAAUUCUGCAGAAUACCCACACCUAUGCAAACUGGUGCUAUUCAACUGACUUGUUAUAAAAAAAGGAAUUACAGCACUGUGUUGAAAGAAACGGACAAAAAAAUAUUAAUAACAUAGCAAUUCUACAUGCUUCGAGACAAUAUCAGACUAAAAACACUGUGUCAAAGUGAAUAUGUGGUGCUGCUUCUGAUUCUUCUUAGAAGCCCAAGUGGAACUCUGUUCCAAUGUUCCUGCAUUUCUAGUAUAAUGAUCUGGUUCUCUGGGCACAAUACACACCCAGUAAAAAACCUUAAGCCACAAAAAAACUGGGAAUGAUAUUAUAACUUGCAAGAAUGACCUAAGCAUGCUGUGCUUGCUUACUUGUAAGGUGAAUUCUUACCAUUGUUUUUAAUGGAACCCUCUACGUUGAAUCUUUUUAUAAUUUGAAACUUUAGAGCUGCAAAAUGCUUGCCUUACUAGAUAGGAAUGGAGUUCAAACAGUCUACCUUGGAAUAUGCACUUGUUGGAGCUUUCUCCUUGUGAUAGUCUAUAUUGGAUGUGUAUGUGUUUUAGGAUCAGCAUACAUAAUUGUGUUCACAUCUCAAAUGCACUCGUUAGAUGGAAAGAGUAUAGCUAGAAAUCAGGGAUCGUUUGUAUUUCUAUGUUGACACUGGGCAGGUUUAUUUCCAUCUAUUGUUAAAAUGAUGAUUUGCUGUUCUUGGCACAAAUCAUAUGAAAAUAAUGCAUUUCAUUCUUUUUUACUGCCUAUCUCGAAAAGGUCUUCCCAGUGAAAUUUUGACAUUAUUUCUUUUUAAGCAGACAUCACAAGUAGUAAAUUAAAUUUGUAAUAUAACUCCAUGCUACAGUUUACUUAAAGCAAAAUGUGCAAUCAUUGCUGAUUAUCGAUACAACUCUAUGAAUUUAUUAGUUUAGUAAUUAGAUAUCUUGUGUGACACUCCACCUUUACAUAAUUCAUGAUUGUAUUUUUAAAUAGGUGAAUCAGAAAAUAAAUAUAAUUAUGCAUUUUAGACGUCCUUUACCACAUUUCAAACUGGAUUUGAAAUUGAUUGGACUAUCAAACUAACGGGUUGCUUAAAAAACCCAGAGUUUCCCAAAAGUGUCUAUUGGUUAAACAAUGGCACCUCUUCCCAAUGCAUAUAAUAAGCAGUAUUGUGGA